AUGCUAUCCCAACCACAGCUGAUCUUUUAUUCAACACCCGGAACGAAUCUUCUUAAUUUAAGAUCCCGACUUACGCCCAUAAGCUUCCCAUUGCCGUCCUCCUUAGUCCAAGCCGAAGUCGAAACCUACUUGACCUAUUUCCAUGACCGACCAUAUUGCGUAUUCGACGAGAGUUGGUUGUUGCAAAAUGCAUCUUCUCUACCUUCGAAUAUCGCAUACCCUCUAGUAGCUCUCACCCGUCGCCUUUCACCCGAUUCACCUGGAUUAGCAGGUCGUGAACUGACGAUGGGUAAGAUAUGCGCUGAGCGGGCUUGGAACAUUCUAUCCUCUGAGUACCAGGAUGGCAAAGCAGGGCUGUGA